UCUCUGGUAUAAGCACAAUCGUACUUUUUGAGUUGGGUGAGAAGUGAGUGAUCAGACGUUAAUGGCGACGGCAAAAGAGCACAUUGAAGAAAUAAGAAGAAACAAGUUCUCCAUUGGAGGUGAAACUAAUCCACUCACUGAGGACCUUCAUCAAGCUGUCAAAAAUCUCUCUGCUGAGCUUUACGCUAAGGAUGUUCACUUUUUCAUGGAACUCGUCCAGAACGCGGAGGAUAACGAGUACAACGAAGGCGUGGAUCCUUCACUGGAAUUUGUGAUAACUUCCAAAGAUAUAACGGACACCGGAGCUCAGGCGACGCUUUUGAUAUUCAACAACGAGAAAGGAUUCUCCCGCAAAAAUAUCGAGUCCAUUUGCAGCGUCGGACGUUCUACUAAGAAGGGCAAUCGCAAACGUGGCUACAUCGGCGAGAAAGGCAUUGGCUUCAAGAGUGUGUUUCUCAUCACUGCUCGGCCCUACGUCUUCAGCAAUGGGUAUCAGAUACGAUUUAGCGAGGAACCUUGCCAGCAUUGCAAAGUAGGCUAUAUUGUACCUGAAUGGGUGGAAGCAAAUCCAACUCUUUCAGUUAUAACACAAAUUUAUGGGUCUGCUACCCUUCCAGCCACAACUAUAGUGCUACCACUGAAACCUGACAAUGUGAAACCUGUUAAGCAGCAGCUUUCAAGCAUCCAUCCUGAAGUUCUUCUUUUUCUUUCAAAAAUAAAGAAGCUUUCAGUCAGGGAAGACAAUGAGGAUCCCAGGCUUAAUACAGUUAGUGCUAUUUCGAUAUCUAGUGAGACCGAUUUUGUUAAGAAGAAGAAUAUUGAUGCUGAAUCCUACCUGCUUCAUCUCUCAGCUGAUGAAGAAUCUGGUAUGGGGGAAUGCAGUUACUACAUGUGGAAACAGAAGUUUCCUGUUAGGCGGGAGCACAGGGUGGAUAGAAGAAUGGAUGUCGAUGAGUGGGUAAUCACUCUGGCUUUUCCUAAUGGAGAGCGCCUCAACAGGGGAACCAGCUCCCCCGGUAUUUAUGCUUUUCUUCCCACGGAGAUGGUGACGAACUUCCCUUUCAUAAUUCAGGCAGACUUUCUUCUAGCAUCAUCAAGGGAGUCAAUCCUUCUUGAUGACAUAUGGAAUCAGGGCAUUCUUGACUGCGUCCCUUCUACUUUUGUCAAUGCUUUCACAUCGCUUGGGAGAGCUAAUGAAGGUGCUCCAGUUUCUACUCUAACUCAUAUGUUUGGCUUUUUACCAGUCAAUGCAUCUGCUUAUCCAAUUCUUAAUGAUGUGAGAGAUUCCAUUAAAAGAAAACUGCUGGAUGAAAGUAUCAUUCCAUUUGAAUCAUGGUUGUGAAUGGUUAGGAGAGCGUUUUGGUUGGUGUGGCCCUCUGUAGAUGCCAAAUGGGAUUUCUGUUGCUUUCUGGUCGGGCGAGAGUUCUCCUUGCUAGUUUUUAAUGCGUUUUGUUUUGUAUUUUGCUGCUCUAUGGGUUCCUGUGUAAUUUACUAAAUUUGCACUCAAGGGAUACAAUUGCUGAAAAGCUUUAUUCCUCA